AUGGUUGGGUUCAAGGCCUUGGCCUGGCUGCCGGAACCGGCACACCGCCGGUUCGCCGCCGUGGAAAAGAGGAAAACCUCCAAUCUAGGGAUUCUCGCCUUCGAGACGGCGAAAAUCAUGUCCAGGCUGGUCUCCCUCUACACCUCCCUCUCCGAUGACGAAAUCUCGCGGCUGAAGAACGACGUCAUCCGGUCCAAGGGCGUUCGGUUCUUAAACUCCGGCGACGAGGAGUUCCUCCUCGGCCUCGCGCGCGCCGAGAAGCUUGAGGAUCUCGACCGGGCCGCCGCCGCCGUCGCCUGCCUGGGCAAGAAGUGCGAUGAUAGCGGCCUGAACCGGUUCACAUCCGUCUAUACGGAUCUGAAGUUAGGGUUCAUCGAUUUGGGGAAAUCGGAUCUGUACGGAUCGAGGUCGGCCGCGAGAAGGGUUGGGAGGAUGAAGAAACUGGCCUCGACGACGUCGUAUUUGCGGUCGGCGAUGGACGUUCUGACUGAUAUGGAGAUCUCCGAGGGGAAGCUGAAGCAGCUCAGCCGCCGGCAGGUGGAGAUGAUGAAGAUCGACCCAAUCGAUUUCAGCCGAAAGCUCGAAAAUCACCGGAGAGAAGUUCGUCGUCUCCAAGAGACCUCUCUCUGGAGUCAAACCUUCGACAGGAGCGUGGAUCUCAUGGCCCGGACCGUAUGCGCAGUGUACGUAAGAAUCCAGGUCGUUUUCGGGCCGAAUCAGGGGAAUCUCGGGCCGAAUAUCAUCCCCCAUUCUUGCCCGCUGCUUACCGAAUCGAAGCCCGUCCAGUUGCACAGAUGGAGGUCCUCCAUCGACUUCCCCAACGAGUCGAGCCACGGGCCGGAUGGGGUGUACCACUCGGCCGGGCCCAACACUGUAGGAAGUGCGGGCCUGACGACACUGUAUGCCAACGUGAUUGUACUUGCCGAGAAGUACCUGGGCUCGGAAAGCCCGAUCAGUCACGACGAGCGGGAGGGACUCUACCGGAUGCUGCCGGAGAAUCUGAAAUCGGCAUUGAGGAUGAAGCUGGGGAAGAACAUGAGGUUUGCGGAAAACGAUGAGCUGCUGGCAAAAGGGUGGAAGGAGGCUGUGGAGGAUAUGUUGAGGUGGCUCGGUCCCAUGGCUCGUGAUAGCUUGAAGUGGCUGGUGGAGAGGAAUGUGUUGGAGAGGAUGAGACUCGAUGGGUACGGGACGAAGGGUAAUGUUCUGUUGCUGCAGACACUGCAUUUUGCGGAUAGGGAGAAGACUGAGGCCGCCAUUGCCGAGGUGUUGGUCGGGCUUAGCUGCAUUUUCCGGUACGGAAACCGGCGACUAGGUGUGUGA